ACUGAGCGUGAUGCGUUUCCGGAGUUCGGUGGCCUCGUCAAUGUUCGGAGUGUUUUCGGGCAGUUUCGCAAGACGCGUCGUCGGACGACGGUAAGUACAGUCUGUCGUCGAUUGACGUCACUCGUCUCCUCUUUUGCUUUGAAAUCAUUUGAAAUAUGAGCGCCGGUGACAGAAGCCGCGCUGUCGCGUUGUGUCGUCGUCGUCGCUGUGUCAGCACAAAGUGUACAAUCGUGUGAGGAAGACGAACAAGAAGAAGGACGAAGAGAAGGCGGAGAGGAAACGGAUAAACGUUGCAGCGCGGCGUCGCGAAAAGAUAUCCGGGAUCGCAGCGAUGUUCAAGACGACUACCUGUAAGAUGUUGGUCCAGGUGUCGGCCGUACUGCCAGAUGACAGACCAAUAACUGCCAUUAGUGUUGUGGAAGACUUAGACAAGUGUCCACCCAACUUUACAGUGGUAUCGAGAACUUACGAUCAGGAUACCGACGCUGAUCUAUGGAGGGAGAGUGGACUGUUCAUCAAGAAGAAGGGUAGAUAUAUCUGCUUCUCAAAGACUGAGGGCCAGCCGAACUGCGUGGUCGAGGAUAUCAUGGUGAUUAACGAGCGAGACACUCCGCCGGAAGGAUACAGCAUGAUCUCUUACACCGUGGAUUCGAGGCAGAAAGCAUGGCGGAAAAAACAGGUGUGCUACAAAAUUAGGAAUAAGGACCUGUGUACGAAAGCGGUCACAGAUAUAAUAAUAUGCAGCAGGACAACUCCAAACCAUAAGGUUUACUCCAAACUGGCUCCUGUUGGAUUUUCCGCUGCUGGUACUAUAAAUGGUGUUCAUGUAUGCUACAAGACCGUAGAUAUCACAAAUGCGAAUUUGGAGUCGCAGUCGUACGUUAAUAUAGACUUACUGCAAAGUCCUUCUCCAAAUCCGUCGAAUGGAAUCUUUCACAGGCCAGCCCCUGAGAGGCCCCCGAAACCAAAGUUCUCACCAAAACCACCGGCCAAUGGGCUUUAUCCGCAAGUCGGCAGCACCACUAACAAGGAUGACGAACUCAGCGAUCGAGAUUAUGAGGUCUUAAGUCCUAACGCGAGGAUCAGGCCAACGAGGCCCGCCCCACAACCGCCUAUGUCCACGACAUCCACCGUCACAUCAAAUCUCGAUGGGGUUCCGUUCGCGCUUAAUCCUCGUCUUAUUACUAAUCAUAGUUCUGCCAGUAACAAACUUCCUGUUAUCAAAGUAUGGACACAGAAGGACUUAGAUAGAGAGUUCUUCUAUGACUUUCGUGCGGAAAGAGAAACUUGAAAGACGACAGCUUGCCAAAACUAAUUCGAGUUCUCGAGCGUUUUUUCGCAGUACUUGUACACGUUCGUAUCCGAUAUAAUGCUAAUCAACAAGCGUAAAUGGAGUGCCUGAACGAGUGAUUUGUACUAACCCGCGAGAGAAUGAAGCCUGCAUGACGCUUAAAAUGGGGAUUGUGUAAUGUUUAAGAAGGAAUAAGAUAAAAAACUUAUCAAUGUA